AUGGAAAGCAAGCAAGGAAGCCAGUCUCCUCGGCCUCCUAACCAGCUCCGACGCUCCAGGCGCUUAAAACUCCAAGCCACCGCUCAACCUCUCCAAUCUCCCCGAGCCCCUCCCCGGUAUCGAAAAGACCACGUCAAGGAUUCAGAGGACAAGAGCACCCAGCAACCAGACUGGCUUACCCCGGGUGGCCAGCAGCGCAUCCGGCGCCAGCAGAGGCGUCGAAACUCCAACAUCUUCGCUGUCAACAAGAUCCUGGAGGACCAGCCGAGGGCCAAGCAUUCGGCCCCUUAUACCUUGGCGUCCUUCCAGGACUCUACACCUUCUGUCGGUCUGGCCGGUGACCAGCCACACGUCAAGAUGUCUAUGUGCGUGGGAGAUAGCCUCCAUGCCGCACAACUUCUGGGUGCGGAGCGCGUUGGCUUCUCGGGCGCUGCCGGCACGACACAGGCGGCUACGUGCCGUGUUGGCGUUCUCAACAUGGCUCCCCUGGAUGGUGGCCUGCGGACCUUGGGUGGAUGCGACCUAGAGGAGCGAGGGGGUUCUGAAAGGCAGCCCAUGACCGACCACCAGUCCUUGAUGGAGAGGACCACACUCUACCACGGACUCAAAGACCUCGACGAGUGGGACUUUCGCGAGCCGGAUAAUUUCACGGUUCAGGAGAACAUUCUCGUGUUUGCGGAUUCCGAGGACAACUUCGGCCUGGGCGACAACCAAAACAAGCCGAAGAUGCUGCCGGUCGGUGACCACUUUUACAUCGAGGUCGUGACCGCAGCCAUGUUUCGCACCCAGCGCCUCGAGGUUGUGGAUAGUGCGUCCGGGCAGCUUUCUAGGUUCGUUUGGAGGAACGGGCUGGAGGAUGCUGUGUUCUUCUGGGGCCAGUCAGGGGAUGACUCGGAAUCCGAUUUAUCGGGCCACCGAAUGGCCCUCUUCCCCACCUACCAGGACUACUGGGAGGCACUGACGGUCAGGAUGCGGACGAUCCUGCGUCUGUUUCGACGACAGGGCGUCAACAAGAUUGUGUUGGGGGCUUGGGGAGUGGAUGGUUUGGGUCAUCACAUGAGCGACGUUGUCGAUGCCUGGAAGUUUGUUAUCCUGGGAGAGGCGCCGCCCGUGUACAUGAAGGGGGUGAAGGCCGAGGAGGUCCCGGCCGCUGAGGGUUGGGAUGGACUCGAGGUGGUCUUUGCAAUAAAGGAAAGGGAAGUUGCCGACGAGUUUCGGGGCUGGUAUGUAGGAAAACUUGAUACCCUGGAAUAA